CAUUUCGUUCCGUAAGGUGGGUGUGUCAGUGCACAAUGCCUAUCGUAAACACACCCAUCUUGCCGCUCCUCUACACCGUAUUCCAGUCAAUAUUCCAGGUGUUUCUAUUGUGCCUUACUGGCUUUUAUCUCUCCUGGAAGGGUAUCGCAGACAAACGAAUCCAGAGGGCGCUCAACAACAUCAACAUAUGCCUAUUCACUCCUGCGCUACUCUUCUCGAAAGUAGCCUUCUUUCUUACUCUAGAGAAACUACGCGAGUUGUGGGUCAUCCCAAUCUUUUUCUUGCUGAUAUGCGGAUUGUCUGGUCUUAUCGCCAAUGGACUCGCUAAAACGUGCCGUCUUAAACGAUCCCAAAGAAAUUUUGCUGUUGCCGCAUCCAUAUUCAUGAACUCCAACUCUCUCCCUGUUGCGUUGAUGCAAUCGCUCGUCGCCACCGUCCCGGGGUUGAAGUGGACACCCGAAGACGACCAAGACGCCAUGUUCGGCAGAGCGCUCACUUAUCUCGUUGUCUUUAGUACCCUUGGCAUGAUGCUUCGGUGGAGUUAUGGUGUCUGGUUACUCUCGCAUGAAGAUACGGAAGAACCCGAGCUGAUUGGUGACGUCGCGUCAGGGCACCUAGACAGAUCGGGCACGAACAACAAGAUACGGGUACAGAGUCCGACACUGGACGCUGAACUUCGUCGGCUUUCCGACUCGUCGCUAUUCCAUACCCCAUCGGACUCCGACCUCGAAUCAGAUUCGGACGAGAGACUCGUCAUUCGUUCGCCUCCCGGGCCAUCGCGUCUCUCCAAUACCGCGUAUACCCCGACUUCCCACGACAAUGCCGCCGAUGUACACGCUCGUCGAAAUGUAGUUACGCAACGGUUCCCUUCGGAUCACACCUCCCUAUCCCAGCAUUUACGCACCCUUGUGCACCGGAUCCGCACUCGUCGCAUAUGCAUGCCAUCUCUACCACCUCCUCUCUUCGCAUCCCUCUUCGCACUCCUGUUUACAUUUCCACCGUUUCAGGCGAUUCUCAAAAGCGACAGCGCACUGAACAGCGCAGGAGCGUGUAGUGUUCCCCUGACGUUGGUCGUGCUUGGGGGAUGGUUUUGGGAGGAUAAUGGAAAGGAAGGGGAUGAUGCUAAACGAGGACAUGGGAGUGGAGCCGGUGAUGGUAGAACGACCGAGCGUGCAGGACACAGAACACGGAGCCCAGGUGUACCCAGAGGGGAUGACGACGAGGGCGAGCCCGAAGAGGACGGAAUCGAAUGCGAGCUUAGAGAAGAUCAUAACAACAUUCCCUCACAGACACGUCACCGGCAAGUUCUCACAUCCGAAAGCGCCGAAUGCCUCACUGCUCGCGAUCGCGCGCAAGGACAGGCGCAGCAUGGUGGUGACCUCUGGGACAGCAGCAACAUCUCCCAGUCUCCGUCGUCAUCAUCGCUGUUCAGCGUGUUACAGGAUAUGUGGAAGAUGACCCCCAUUAGUAGUGGGAGACAGAGACGGAGGGGGCCUAUCCGUCUUGCAGAUGACGAUGAUGAACGGGAUCAUGAAGCAGAUGUCGAAGUGGGAGACCAUAUAAUAUGGCGUAUGCAUUCGUCUACGAGUCUUAAAGGGCAACAGACAGUCGGCCGUGUCAACAAUCCUGCCGGACGACGGCAACCUAUUCGUCCCACACCUCCAGGCGAAACAACCACCAUCGUCGUCACCCUAAUAUCCCGAAUGAUCCUCACGCCGCUUCUUGUUCUUCCUCUGAUGGCUUUCUUCACAAUACGGGGCGAAGGAGAUGGUGGCAUCAAGGUAUUCGACGAUCCCGUGUUCGUCAUAGUAAUGGUUCUACUGAUUGCGUCACCACCUGCAGGCCCAAACCCAAAGCUCGAGGUCGCACCUGCAACCAUUGUGUUAACUUCUGUAGCACUAUCCCAACUACCAGGCCCUACACCUUCCGCAGGACCAGCUCCUACCCCAUCUAACACAUCCACUGCAGUACCCACAGCAUCCACCGAAGUGGCAUCGUCUGAGGCGAAUUCAUCGUUUGAGCGUCUCAUCUCCCGUACCAUCUUUUGGGCCUACUGUGUCGUUACCCCACCGGUGACAAUUGGCUGUGUAAUGGUCGGGAUGAUCUUUAUGUCAUUGUGAUAAUGCUGUCGUCUCGUGUGGUACCGCGCCUCGCGUUCGACAUUCGUGAAUUACUGGGGGGAGAGGAGGGAAGUAGGCAAGUUCAUGCAAGAAGCCCUAGUGCAUUAUAGUAGUGAGGAUGGUGUUCAAAGUUCAACCGCCAUAGACCAACUGAUUAAUGUGAUACAUAAGUCUUGUUCUCUCUUGUUCGUCCCAAUCUUGCACCUCUCGGGUGUACAUGUGGAUGUAUAUCAUCAGGAAAUCAACCAAAUUCCAUCCGUGCUUUUCGUGGAAUUAUUUGUCUAUUUCAACUAUUAUGGUUAUUUCUGGCCACACCCAAUACAGACUAAGUUUAGAGUAGUCAAGAUACAUAGUAGUAGUAGCAGUAAAGGAAGUGUUACUCCACACCAUAUACC